GCACGGUGGUAUUGCUCUCCCUGCCCCCGGCCGCGCCGUUCCGUGAGGCGGUGGAUCGGGGGGAGAUCCCCGGUGUCCCGGGAGUUCCCACUGGGCUCUCCCAAACUGGGGCCAGACUGCCCCCUUCGACCCGGUGGCGGCGCCUGGAGCCCCUUCUCCGCCCGGAAUGGAGUUGUGCGACUGCCCUUGCGCUGCCCUUCCCUUCCCAGGGGAUCCCCAGCACCCGUGUCUCCCCUGCCCCUCCGUAAUCAGGGGUAGCCAGGACCGUGUUUUUCCACCUUUGCUCAGGAAAUAUUCAACAUUAAGCAACAUGCCUUCCACCAAACCUCCAAAUGAAAAUGAAACACCUACAGAGAGAAAACCAGGACUGAGGAGUGUUCAGACAACUAUGCUUUUCCGAGCUGUGAACCCAGAGCUUUUCAUUAAGCCUAACAAACCUGUGAUGGCAUUUGGACUGGUAGCAAUUAGCCUCUGUGUGGCCUACCUUGGUUAUUUGCAUGCAACAGCAGAGAAUAAAAAGGACCUCUACGAAGCAAUCGACAGUGAGGGGUCCAGAUACAUGAGGAGGAAAACUUCCAAGUGGGAUUGAGAAUACCCAACAAGAGCUCCCAGGGCGCUGAGACCUCUUUGUCGACCCUCUUCCAACCAAGGUGGCUUCUGUCAGGCCAGAGAAGGAACCUGCAGGAACUCCUGCUUUACCAUUCUGGGAGUUGCUUUGGGUUUUAUCAAAAGAUUUUGGUACUGAAGAUAAAAAAGGUGACUGGCUGCCUUGAGGGACAGCAGUUGCACCAUGGGAUUUCUCUGUGUCUCUCUCUGUCCUUCACUUUGAAUCUGUGAGUUUACUCCUGUUCUUGUUUUAUAGUUAACUGUAUCUUAAAUUCAGCGGGGCUUUGGUUAAACUGCCUCCUUCCUGAGAAGGGAAGUGAGUUCUACCUAUAAUAAAGCUUUUUUUUUUU